AAAACACAAAAUAAUAAAGGAACUUACUUCAGCAUUUCGUAGAGACAAACUGAAAGAAAAUAUAAAGAUGAAGAGUUUCCUUGUCAUCGCCCUGCUGGCAGUCACUGCAGCAGCAUCAGUGAUCACGCACGAGGCACCCGAGCCUGCAGCAGAUGUUCUACCCGAGGGUUCGGAGACACAGGAGCUUCAAGUAGCUGAUGCAGACGAAGUGUCCAUGUCCGAGAUGGCAGUCUUCAUCAGGAAGGUGCUGCUGGCUGAUGAAGAGAUGCCGUUUGUUGCUCCGCGAAGUGGGAUGAGCUUGGGGAAUAUUGGGGCUGGUGAUAGACUGCUUUCUGCCUCAACGCACUCCCGCAAUCCGAUACCAAAUGUUAUUCAGACAGUAGACGUGAGGUAUACCGGCAGUAACGCAAUCAUCAUCCUGGCUGUGAGAGCUUACGGCUCCGGCCAGGGUGCAUCAGCGAGAGUCGUCGAAGGAUACCUGGGGAGGAACUCCAUCACCAUCCGGCUGCAGUCCGCGGUGGGACGCGGCUUCCACUAUAGAAUUGAAAUCUGGGGACGUUAAGGUUUUUGGAGAAAAUGGUUUUUUAGAUAAGGUUUAGUUUGAUGUAAGUUUUUUAGUGAUUCAAUAAAGUUUUAGAUAUUA